AUGGCUCAGACACUUGGGAUGGAAAAGGUUGCAUGGCUCAACUCGCGGCGUGCGCGGUGGGGCUCCAUGUUGGAUCGCAAUUUGCGAAGCAGGCAUCGCUGGAGUGCGUGGGAGGUGGACACAGCCUGGGUGGAGGAGGAGAAGCGCCGCCAAAGCUCCGCGGAAAGCUUCGUGUCGACAAACGAUGUCUUGACGUCGUCUUUCUUGACAAGUGGAAAGUUCGCCUAUGGCGUCAUGUCCGUAAACUUCAGGGGCCGACUCUGUGGACUGGACAAGAUCCAUGCAGGCAACUACAAAGGUGGCGUCCAGUUCUGGCCUGAAGAGUUUGCAAGCCCAGCUGGCAUCAGGUGUUCGCUGCAACCUCCUUCCUUUCGAGCUGGCCGUUCAGACGUGCCGGGCUUCCUUCCUAGUGUCCGUGGCAGAGUUGGUGUUGUGACGAACUGGGCAACAGUUUGCGAGGAGCUGCACUUGAAAGACUGCCAGCAGAAGUUGCACUUGCCAGUCCUGGGUGAUAUUCAGGUCAAUGGUGCGAUGAUCAUCUUCCGCCCGGCGCCAGGCAAGCUCGGGGUUGUCAUUGGCGAGAGGCGACUCUUCCCAAGGCGGCCGUCAGUGGAGGUGAUUCGCAGAAUAUGCUGA